AUGAGCUCUGGUAGCAGAUUAAAGGAUCAUCCUGUAAUUGAUGACUUAUGUGUGAAGUUGAACCUGGGACGAAUGCGUGGUAAGUGUUUGUGCUCCUGAUAUAGGAAACAUGAGAGGCAGGCGGACACGUUUGUACACCUCUGUAUUCCUCAUUUGCAUUGGUAGAGUUUAGAAAGGCAAAUUUAUGCAUAUUUUCAACUUUGUUCCUUUCCCUGUAAAUGUUGUCUUUCCUCUUGUAGAGCGAGCUGUACUGCAGUACUGUCAUAAUUAUGGACCAAGAUCACUAAACUGUAUCUGUAGAAGCAGAGAAAGAACUGACGUCAGGGUUUGUUUCCAGGCUCUUGGAGGUAGUGCAUCUGCAGAAGCAGCUUCAGAUGUGAGUAAUAACUAUAUUUCUGUUUCCAUCUGUCUGGUUUCGCUUCAUAUGAAAGUAGUUUGUGCGUAGUUGAGAACAGCAGUUUGAUUACUGCCUUGGUCUUCCAUAGAAAAGCAAUUCAUGAAGCUGACAUUUGCUGAAUGCAGAAGCUAAAGGCAGCUGGUUUCACCCUAUUGUCGCUUAAUCGUUAUUCUUUUCAUGAUUGUAAACGUAACUUGUUUACAUGCCCCAGUUUAAAAUGUGGGACAGUUUUCUGUUUGUCCACGUCAUGUGAACAUAGUUAGAUCCAUUUUUUAAAGUCGUGUUUUUGGCAUUUUUUAGAUAAGACAACUGGACAAAAGACAAAAAAGAAGACAUUCAUUAAGGGUCUUUAAAGCUGCUAUGAGAGACUUUCAGCUUUUUUAAUUUUGGCAGCCCCCUGUGGACAUCGAAGACAUUGCUUGUCUUUUCAUGUGACAAAUAAAAAUCUAACCCUGUUGACUUUUGUAAACCUAACAUUUGAUUAUUGUGAAUACUUUUUGUGGAAAUUACAAAAACAGGGCUGUUUCAUAAGCUCCAAAGCCAACACUUAGAAAUUGUCCUAUAAAAACGGUGUGUCUUGGGGCUGAUGAUUUUGUUUGCUUUGGGGUAUUAUAAAAAUACUUUUUGUGGAAAUUAUAAAAACAGGGCUUUCUUUUUUCUUAAGCUGCAAAGCCAACACCUACCUCCCUCGCACCUGUUCAAUCUUGGGGCUGAUAGUUUUGUUUGCUCUAGGAUAUUAUAAAAAAGGUAUCAUCAUGAAUUUUAGUCUAUUUCAUUGUUAAAAAAAAUGCUCACAGCUGCUUUAAAGUGCAUGACAGCAUACGGUAAAAAUAAAGAUGAAGAGUAGGUUCCUUUUUAACAACAUGAGGAAAAUAUUAAACCUUAUUUUCUGGCAGAUAUCACAGCUGAAAUGUUUUCUCAGGACAUCUUGGCAGUCUUUGGAUGAUAUGUGUUGACAAAAAUCUAGUCCCCAAGUACAUCUUUCGCAUCGAUCAUAAUCCUGCUUGUUUGGACACAGAAACAUUGCAGAUGUGGACUGAUCCACUUGGACCAACUGGGUGGACAAAAAAAAAAAAACUUUUUAUUUUGCAUUUUUCCUGAUUGUGAUCACAGAUUUAAACUAAUCUAGUUUAAGUCAACUUUGUCCCUCCCUGUUUUCACACUCAGUUAAUGAAACACCUAAACUUCUACUUGCAUAAAUGUUAUUGGUAAACUUGGUGUCACAACUCUGUGUGUUUGCAAGUCGAGAACCCAGGAAACAAGGUGUCAAAACACCCAUUUGUGUGAAGGUAAUCCUGCCUCUUAUUUUCUUUCUUCUCACUCCUUCUUUUCCACGUCAUUCCCUCCCUCUCUCUCUCUCCCUCUCUCUGUUUCUCUCUGCCAUAGACCCUCCCUCCAUUCCUCCCUCCUCCGGCCUCCACGCUCUCUCUUCCUCCCUCCCUGUCGUCUCACUGCCAGUGUCCUCUGGGCGAGCGCACAGUCAACUACAACUUGUCAUCUGGAGCAGAGCGUAUCAGGUUUCCACAGGGCUGA